AUGUAUAUCGUAUCAAAUAUUGUAAAAGUUACAAUUCCAAAUUAUUUGGCCAGUUUGCCUAUACCUGAUUCUAUUGGUGGUUGGUUUCGCCUUGGCGUGCGUGACUGGGUAGCAUUAUUACCUCCAACUCUUGCUAUUGGAGGUAUAUCUUAUUACUCUUAUCAAACAAUAAAGAAGGCAAAUGAAGCAGGGAAUGGGCAAAUCAAUCCUUGUAUUAGAAAGGAUAUUAAGAAAGUGGUAGAUUUUAUUGACAUUGAAGAUAUAACAGAAAAAGCAUCUCUUUGUAGGUGUUGGAGAAGUAAAAAUUGGCCCUAUUGUGAUGGUGCUCAUGGACCGCAUAACAAGGCCACAGGUGACAACACUGGACCAGUAGUUGUAAGGCAUAAGGAGAAUAAG